AUGGCGCCCGUCCCAUUCGAAGACUUCCCCGACAUUCCGGGAAUAUCAGCUAAAACCCGGGAUGUAAAUCAAGACAAUGCCGCUGAAGUAACGCCCGCUUUUAAUCUCAACACCCUCGUCGCUCGAGCCGACUCUACCUCUACAAGUGCCACCACAGCCAAGUAUGGACAGGGCACCGUCGACCCACACAGUAUCAAAAUGCAGGGCCUGCUGGCAUUGUUUGCCAUCAUUGGAGCGGCCUUCGUAGGCGCCGCAAUUUGGUUCUUCUUCUGGGCCAAGAACGGAGGUUUCCAGUGGCGUAAGACCGAUUGGGAUGAUUACAAGUCUACCGUCUUGCGUCGGAAGGGACCUGAUGGACGAACACUCAGUAACGCCACUAAGAGUACGAAGCUCGGCGGUGGUAGUGUCGUUGGAAAAGGAUACAGCGAUGGCGGAUACACUUACACGGACACGGACUACGACACAUAUACUCAGAGUGCAUCUACUAUUAUGACAGAGGAGAAGCCUAAGCGCAAGCGUGGAUUGAAGGAGAAAAUACUUCGUCGCCGCAAGGACGACCAAUGGGAAGGUGCAGGAGACGAUGAUGUUCGAGCUUAUCGCGAGGAAAAGCCUGCUAAGAUCGGUGGAAUGAAUCGCGAGGCAGACGGAACCUACCACGGCAGUGACUAUGAUUCAUCUGCUCCGCCAACACACUAUAACCGCAGCGAAAUGAGCGAUGCUCGUGACUAUGCUUAUGAGAAGCCCCGUCGUACGAAGACGAAGCAGCGCAACACAUCCGGGUUCUCCUUCACUGCCGGCAGCGAAGAUGUACUCAGCCAAACUACCGAGGAGCAUGCCUUGCGUGACCCAUCCAGUCGCCGUGAAGCCCGUCGUGAGAACCGUCGUCGUGAACGACAGGAAACUGCCGCUGCUCCUCCUCCAUCGGCUCCUUCUUCUCGCACUAGCAGUCCUCGUAAGAAGGAUCGUCGCUCCAUGCCAGGCCACUUUACUGAACCAUUGGACUUCUCUUCUGCGGGCAGUCGCUCUGAAUACCAAUAUUCCAAUGUGGAUACCGAGGACUCGGGACACAAGAGCUACCCUCACCCUAUUCCUGGUUUGAAUAAGGGUUAUCGUCGCGAUGAUCGCCGUGAGGGCCGACGAAGCCGUCGCCGUGACAGUCUAAGUGAUAGUGAUGGUGACGAGACCCGCUACUCAUAG